AUGGAGGACUCUAGCAAUUGUGAUCCAGUUUGUGAUGGUUGUGAUCCAGUUUGUGAUGGAGAGAGUGUAGGGGUGGUCCUAAAUCAGAUGACUACUGUGCCGGAAUGCGACCUUCAACCGCUGAAAAUUGAUUCGUAUUCUUGCUCUGACUGUGAUGAUGUUAGCUCUGUGGUUUCUAUGAAGGAGGGUUGUGGUUCACCUAUGUCGUCGUGGGAUUCUGAACCCGAAACUGAUUUCUCAUCUGCAAUCAGUUGUCAUGUUCUGCCUGAUGAAUCCCUUCCUAAUGAAUCCCUUCCUAAUGUUGACCUAGAAGGAAACUAUCCGGAUUUGGAAGAGGAAAACCAGUUCGUUGGGGUGGAAAACAACGAUGAUGGUUUUUCGUGGGAGAUGGAAGAGGAAAACCAGUUUGUUGGGGUGGAAAACAACGAUGAUGGUUUUUCGUGGGAGAUGGACAAUAGAAGUUAUGAGGAGUUGCUAAAAAAGUUCAUUGAAAAGGAGGAAGAGUUAAGAGUUUUGAAUUUUAAGCUUCAGCUUUCGGAACAAGAGAUUAUAGGGUUGAAAGUUCAAGUUGAGGAUAGUGAGAGUCAGAUUAAUGAUGUGCAUGACAAAUUGGGGCUGAGAGAGGACGAGUUGUAUGAACAAAGAGAGUUUUUGGAUAAUGAGAUUUUCAAGUUGAGGACUAUAAUUGAAAAUAGUGAGAGUCAACUUGAUAGUAUGCACAAAAAAUAUAAUGCUAAUAAUGUUCAGCUUCUUAUGAUGCAUAAAAAAUUGAAUCAGAAAGAUGUUGAGCUUGAUAAUGUGCGCGGAGCUUUAAAUCUGAAGAACGGCGAGCUUGAUGAUGUGCACAAAGAAUUAGAGCUGAAAUCGGAUCAGUUUGAUAAUAUCUACAAAGAAUUGAAGCUGAAAGCGGAGGAGUUGAAUGAACAAAAGGAGCUUUCGGAAAAAUUGAAUCAGAAAGAUGUUGAGCUUGAUAAUUUGCGCGGAGAUUUAAAUCUGAAGAAGGGCGAGCUUGAUGAUGUGCGCAAAGAAUUGGAGCUGAAAGCGGAUCAGUUUGAUAAUAUCUGCGAAGAUUUGAAGCUGAAAGCGGAGCUUUUGGAAAAAGAGAUUUUCAAGUUGAAGACUCAAAUUAAAGAAAGUGAGAAUAAACUCGAAAAUGUGCAGGAAGAAUUGAGUCUGAAAAAGGAGGAGCUGCAAAAACAAACUGCUAAAUUGGAUACUCAUUUUCCAGAAUGUGUCAACAAGAUUACAAAUUUGAUGGAACAACUUAAGGAGGCUCAAAAGAAGCUCAAGACUGCAAACAAAGACAUCGCACAGGAACUUAACAGUAAGACAUCUAAGAUUCAUCAGUUGCAAUGUCAGAUGGAAGAGCAAAGGAAAUACAUUGCCUCAUUAGAAUGCAACAUAGAUGUCAUGGCUGACGCAAAGAAGGAUACUGACAUUAACCACAAGGAGGAGUUGAAAAAACUGAAUUCGAAACUGCUCGAAAUACAGGCCAUGUUCUCUUGGGAGAGAGAAAGUUUGUCCUCUAAACUGGAGGAAUAUGAGUCUAGAAAAAAGGAGUUAGAAAAAAAUGUAAUGCUGCAUGAAGGUGAAAAAUCGAAGCAUUCUGCUCAAGUAAAACUUUUGCAAGAUGAAAUAAGUUGUUUGAAGAAAGAUUUCGAUCAAAGAAUGAAUGAGGUAGAAGCUGCGAAUAAGGAAUCGAGAAAGGUGAUGGAUGAAAUAAAUGAAGCGAGGGUUGAUAAGUUUAAGGCUGAGAUACGCUCGCGCGGCGAUCAAAUAUCACAUAUGAAGAAGCAUAUAAACGAGCUGAACACAUCGCUGAAGGAGAUGGCUGUUCACUAUAGAACAAAAGUGAAUGAUGAAAAUAAGCUGAUAAUGCGAGUUGAAGAACUUGAAAAACAGGUGAGUAAUAAGAAUGGUGGGAUCUUAGAAAAAGGUGAGGAGAAGAAGGAGGCAAUUAAACAACUAUGGAGUUCACUCGAGGCAAAUUGGAGUGGAUGCAGUGACUUGUUCAAGCGUUGA